GUCAGAGAGAGUGAGAGAGAGUCAGAGAGAGUGAGAGAGAGUCAGAGAGAGUGAGAGAGAGUGAGAGUGGAGUCGUUUUGCUGUGGCUCUUCAGUAAACCCAAGUUAGAGACAGACAGGGUAUUGUAUUUACAGCAGCAUGAUCCUCAUCACAUUUGGACUCUAUCUUCCACUAUUGUUUUGUUAUGUCCUGUCUCAGUCCUCUUUCCUGGACAAUAUUCUCUCAUUCCCAGCAGGUCUCCAACAACAACCUGCCUUGGACCAGCAGAGGAAAUUCAACCCCUGCUGUUUACUGAGUCCGCCCCCGCCCCCCCUGUUCCCUCCUCCCCCCUCACUGUGGCACCGCGGUGGUCAUAAUGAAGAGUCCGAUAAUGGAGGUAAACAUGGUAAAGAUCCAGAUCCAGGGACGGAGCUGAAAGGUCCCACCUGUGUCCCAGGCCCCCCAGGCCCCGAUGGACCCCCCGGUCCUCAGGGUCCAGCUGGGCUACCAGGUCUGAAGGGACCAAAAGGAGAAAAGGGAGAACUGGGACGACCUGGACAAAAGGGUCGGACGGGGCCUCCAGGUCUCCCAGGUCGCCAGGGACCAGCCGGGUGGCCAGGACCAAAUGGGCCCAAAGGGGAGAAGGGAGAUGGUGGAUUGAUGGGAUUACCUGGAGUAAGAGGACCUCUUGGACCUAAGGGUUUACCCGGAUACAAAGGAGAAAAGGGUUCCCGUGGUGACCGUAGUGAGGCUGGGAUGAAGGGAGACAAGGGCACAAUGGGCUUCCCUGGAAUGCUUGGACAGAAAGGUGAAAUGGGUCCAAAGGGAGAACCUGGAAUCUCAGGGAAUAGAGGACCGACGGGCAGACCAGGGAAGAGGGGCAAACAGGGAGGGAAGGGCGACAAUGGGAUUAUCGGCCCUCUAGGUCCAGCAGGUCCUCAGGGGCCCCCCGGCCACCCUGGUCCCCCAGGUCUGCCAGCCUCAGGACUCUACGUGGUCGGAACGAAAGGUGAGAGGGGGCUACCAGGUCUUCCUGGACCUUGCAGCUGUAACUCUGUUAGUGUUAACAGCCCACAGUUUGAUGAACAUAGUUCCAGGAGCGACUACGCCAAAGUGCCAGCGAUAUUUGUGGUAAACAAUGAAGAAGAACUAGAUCGUCUUCAUACGGACAACGCCCUAGCCUUCCGGAAAGACCAGAGAUCGCUUUACUUCAAAGACACCAACGGAUGGCUGCCGAUUCAGACUUCUUUCUUCCAGCUGACGCCGUUCCAGUCUACGGAGAACGCUCCGGAACAGGAGGGUUACUGUGGCGACGGGAUCGUUCAGAUUCCCAACGGGGAGGAAUGUGACGACGGGAAUAGGAUUGUCACCGACGGCUGCGUCAAGUGUAAACAUGCUUACUGUGGAGAUGGUUAUCGUUACGACGGGGCCGAGGAAUGUGAUGGAAAGGACUUUGGCUAUCAGACAUGCAACUCAUAUCUCCCAGGGUCUUAUGGUCGUCUCAGAUGCACUCCGUACUGUGUCAUUGACUCUACAAACUGCAAGUAUUUCACAUGAAGAGGAACCUGGACACAGCAGUGGGAUCCUUCAUGUCUUGUUUGCUUUGGCACUAAACAGGAUGACCGUAAUGCAAAAAAAAAAAAAGAAGAAGAAAGAUCAACAACAACACUGCAAACAAGAGACUCAAAAAGGAAGUGGUGACAAACUGGACUAAACCUGACAAAAUGACUAAAACUACACACACUAACUCUGUUGAAUCGCUGCUGAAGCCAUGUAGCUCCCGAGGAGGUGGGGGGAGGGGGGGGGUGGCGGCGAGUAAAAUGCCCCCUCACCCAUUCACAGGAAACGCACAGGACAAUUUCACUUUGUCUUAAAUAAAACUCAACCCAAGACUGAAGAGGCUCCGCCCACACCAUACCUGAUAGGACCAGGGCCUGCCGCUGAACGAGAGGCGGUCAAAUGAGAGAAGUGACAGACAGCCAAUGGGAGAGCUCUGAGAAAGAGAGAGAGACUCGUGGGUGGAGCCGGAAGCCAUAUUUACCUCGACGUAGCACUGUUAAAGAAAAGAGAACCAUGUCUGGACAAUCAGAAGCAGGGUGCUGUGUAUUUUACUGCAAUGUGAAUGACGUCAUGUAGCAUUUGCAUGAGGCUGAGAUUGCUGUGUGACCAUGGCAACAGAUGUCACUACCUAGGCAUGUAACCAAUCACAAUACUUACUAUCGUUGUCAUGAGCUUUGUGCUGUGUAUAUAUAGUAGGUAGACGUCUCCAAUUGUACGUAGGGAGUAUAUUGUAUGUUAUAAUUUCACUAAUCAGGACAGGAGGGGCAUGUUAUAAUGAUACUGUAUUCAGGAGGAUUCUGAAAGCCUUGUUCAAUAGAGGCAGAUCUUAAGCCUUGUUCUGUAUGUUCUUAAGAGGUAGAUCUUAAUCCUUGUUCAGUAUGUUCUGAAGAGGUAGAUCUUAAGCCUUGUUCAGUAUGUUCUGAAGAGGUAGAUCUUAAGCCUUGUUCAGUAUGUACUGAAGAGGUAGAUCUUAAGCCUUGUUUAGUAUGUACUAAAGAGGUAGAUUUUAAGCCUUGUUUAGUAUGUACUGAAGAGGUAGAUCUUAAGCCUAGGUCAGUCUGUACUGAAGAGGUAUAUCCUCUUCAGAAGAACAGUAAAGCUAUGUACUGUAUAGUAGUAGCAUAAAGCCAAGAUGGCCGCUUGUGGAAAUAGCAGCCAAGCUGAUAGACCGGGAUCCCUCACCACCUGGUAGAACUGAACAGGGGCCUUGUCCCAAAUGACACCCUAUUCCCUAUAUAGUGCACUACUUUUGACCAGAGUCCUAUGGGCCUUGGUCAAAAGUAGAGCACUAUAUAGGGGAUAGGGUGCCAUUUGGGACAGCCAGGCCUGUGCGCUCUAUUAGCUUGUGAUAGCACUGGACUGUAGUUCAAGAGGGCCGUUCAGAAUCUGGACAUUGUGGACAUGGUCAGCUUUGCUUUAGUUUAGAUUGACAUUUCCACGAUUUAACUCAGGAACCACUAACAUAAUGUAGCUGUGGUCGUGCGGUUUUCACAGACAUCCUCCCUUAUAUCCAUUGUAGACCACAGAUGAGACCACCGAGUCUGUGCUGCACACUGACUUACACUGUCCCUCUCCUCACUCAGAAGUGCUUACUGUACACGUUGAUGACUCAUGCCAUCAGUCCUCUAGGUAUGGAGGAGGACCUCAGUGCACUACUGUCUGCAGGGAGAUAUGACACGUGAAGGCUGGCAAACUGUUAUUAUUACUACUACUACAUUUUCUUCAAUCAUUUCCUCAUUGCAGAACAGGAACCGUUUUAGCUGCUAUUUGGUAGGAAGUGAAUUCCGAUAGUUAGGGUGGGAAACCUUGGGACAGUCUACGGUGCCUCAGUUAGAAAGCUCUGGACACAUCUUUCUGUAUCAUAUUGUAGCAGUACUCCUCUUGAUCCUUCUUUAUCCAGCCUGCCUGCUUAAAUAACUGGAUAAGAGCUACUGCACCACUCAGUGGUGAACUGAACACUACACAGUGCCUUACAAAAGUAUUCAUCCUCCUUGGUUGUUUUUUCUAUUUUGUUGUAUUACAACCUG